AUGUUCGCUAACUACAUUCUCUUCAGACGCCUUUUUAAUUACAUAAACGGAGCCAAUGAACGAGUUUCCAAAUUCAACAUGACCGUCCCAGUUCUAAUGAAAUCCGAGAACAACCAAAAGACCAUGAUGUUUUACCUGGGUAAAGGAUCUUUCCCCCAACCAACCCAGAAGGAAGUCAAACUGCAGACAACGAAGGAACACAAGGUCUUUGUCAGGGUUUACGAGAGUUUCUGGUUUUUCGGUGAGGAAAUGAAUGAAAAAAAGCUGAAGAAUGCUCUGGAAAAAGAAAAUGCCAAAUUCAAGUCUAACUAUUACUACAGCGUCGGUUACAGUCGCCCAAUGUAUUUCCGAAAAUCUUACAAAGAAAUAUGGUAUGCCGCAACAGACGCAGACAUCUAA